AUGGCUCAUCCGGGGAGAAGAGGCUACGAUAACCGGGAGAUAGUGCUGAAGUACAUCCACUAUAAACUCUCGCAGAGGGGAUACGACUGGGCUGCCGGCGAGGACAGGGCACCCCUGCCUCCAG